AUUUUGAAACCUUUAAAAUGAACAUCAGAAAAAGAGCAAAUACUAAGCUAAGACCAGAGGUUAACAGAAUUAUCUUUGUCAGAAAUCUCCCAUUCAAAACAACCUCUGAAGAACUAUUCGAAAUUUUUGGAAGGUAUGGCCCCAUCAGACAAAUUCGCAAAGGUGUUGCAGGAAAGACCAAAGGAACUGCUUUUGUGGUCUAUGAAGAUAUCUAUGAUGCUAAAAAUGCUGUUGAUCAUCUCUCAGGUUUCAAUGUUGGAGGCAAAUAUCUAACCUGACUCUACUAUAAGCACAAAACUCAGCCGAAAGCAGGAAUCUAGCUUGUGGUAGU